AUGGUCAGCUCCUGUUGUGGCUCUGUCUGCUCUGAGGAGAGCUGUGGCCAAGGCUGCUGCCAGCCCAGCUGCUGCCAGACCACCUGCUGUAGGACCACCUGCUGCCGCCCCAGCUGCUGUGUGUCCAGCUGCUGCAGGCCUCAGUGCUGCCAGUCUGUGUGCUGCCAGCCCAGCUGCUGUCGCCCCAGCUGUUGCAUUUCUAGCUGCUGCAAGCCUUCCUGCUGCUGCCCUAGCUGCUGUGUUUCUAGCUGUUGUGGAUCCAGCUGCUGUCGCCCAAGCUGUUGCAUUUCUAGCUGCUGCAGGCCUUCCUGCUGCCGCCCCAGCUGCUGUGUAUCCAGCUGCUGCCGCCCCAGUUGCUGUGUGUCCAGCUGCUGCAGACCCCAGUGCUGCCAGUCUCUGUGCUGCCAGCCCACUUGCUGCCGCCCCAGCUGCUGUCGCCCCAGCUGUUGCAUUUCUAGCUGCUGCAGGCCUUCUUGCUGCCGCCCCAGCUGCUGUGUGUCCAGCUGCUGCAGGCCCCAAUGCUGUAUCUCCAGCUGCUGUCGCCCGACCUGUUGCCAGACCACUUGCUGCAGGACCACCUGUUGCCGCCCAGCAUGCUCUAGUGGUUCUUGCUGCUGA